UGUCUUGCAAUGCGGCUUUGGCAUCAGUGGUCUACAAGUCAUGUAUUCUGUAAGACUUGCACUCUUGGCCAGUUUGGUUGUCGCAACAGCAGGCACAUACACUCUAGAGGAUCUAAAGCAUGUAGUGACCACUCAUGAGAAAAUUUGGAUCCGUUGCACAACUCAUCCACAAUACACUCAUCAUAUUAAGCACGACUGCGUAUAUAAUGAAAUACGGCCAUUCAACCACAGCUACUUUUUGCUCCAGCAUUACGAGGUUCAACGAACUUGGCAACACAGAAGAUAUUUUGCAAGACUGUCAAAUGGUGGAAGAGGACAUCAUGGACCAAUAAUGUAUAUUAGUACAAGACAAGGAGGACCAGGCACAGCCAACACCUUGAUUUUCUGGGACCCUUUCGAGCACUGUGCAGUAUUUGAACAGACACACAGUGGUAAGAAAGAAUGCCAUAUGUACGUGUGGGAGGAUCGCCUUUACCAAAGCGUACCGAAAUGUGAACAUGCAUAUCAGGCUUGCGCGAGAUACAUAUGCCCUCGAUACACGCACCACUGCAGGCCAUGACGGGAAAAUAAAUAUUUUUUAUGCUUC